AUGGGCUCAGUUCGGCGGAUCACGGAUGAUCUGGAAAAGCCAGAUCUCGACGACAGAUCUUAUCGGGUCAUUGAACUGCCCAACAAGCUGGAAGCAUUGCUGGUUCAUGAUGCACAGACCGAUAAAGCGAGUGCCAGUCUAAAUGUGAAUGUGGGCAAUUUUUCGGACGAAGAAGACAUGCCAGGCAUGGCACAUGCCGUUGAACACCUGCUUUUCAUGGGGACUGAAAAGUAUCCGGUCGAGAAUGAGUACAGCUCUUACCUCUCUUCAAAUUCGGGACAUUCAAAUGCAUACACUGCUGCCACACAAACAAAUUACUUCUUUGAGUGUGCCGCAACCAACGAAUCCAAUGAUCAGCCUGUCAAUGGGUCCGUGGCCAAUGGCCAAGGAAACAGUACCUCACGAGGACCAUUAUAUGGUGCUUUAGAUCGUUUUGCUCAGUUCUUCGUGAAGCCUCUAUUCUUAGAGAAUACACUCGAUCGUGAAUUGAGGGCCGUUGACUCGGAGAACAAGAAAAACCUCCAGAGCGAUGCAUGGCGGUUAUCACAGCUCGCCAAGUCUUUAUCCAACCCGGCUCAUCCUUACCAUCAUUUCUCCACUGGCAAUCUUCAAACUCUGAAGGAAGAUCCAGAGAAGAGAGGUGUGAAAAUUCGUGAAGAGUUCAUCCGAUUCUACGAGCGCCACUAUUCCGCCAAUCGUAUGAAACUUGUUGUCUUGGGCCGUGAGUCUCUCGAGGAUCUUGAACAAUGGGUUGUUGAGUUGUUCUCCGAAGUCAAGAACCAGGAUUUGAAGCAGAAUCGAUGGGAUGGCGUUGAAAUGCUCUCCGACAAACAACUGUUAACGGAGGUUCUUGCCAAGCCGGUCAUGGAAAUGCGCUCGCUGGAGAUCAGUUUCCCAUGGCAAGACGAAGAUGAUAUGUACGAAACUCAACCAGCCAGGUAUAUCAGCCACUUGAUUGGCCAUGAGGGACCCGGCAGUGUUCUUGCAUACCUCAAAGAGAGAGGCCUUGCCCAGACACUUUCGGCUGGGUACCAGCCCGUUUGCCCUGGAUCUGCUUUGUUUGAAAUCGAUGUCGGCCUGACACCAAAGGGGUUGCAGAACUAUCAUGAAGUUGCCAAGAUUGUGUUCAAGUAUAUUGGCAUGAUGAAGGCAAACCCUCCUGUCGAAUGGAUGCAUCAGGAAAUGAAGAAUAUGGCAGAAGUUGACUUCAGAUUCCGGCAAAAGUCUCCUGCAAGUCGUUUCACCAGUGGAACAAGCAGUGUCAUGCAAAAGCGAUUGCCGCGCAACUGGUUGCUCAGUAGUACAAGCAAAUUCAGAAAGUUUGAUGCCAAGGCAAUUGUUAAUGCUAUGCAAUUUCUUCGGGAGGACAAUUUCAGGCUAAUGUUGGUUGCUCAAGACUAUCCUGGAGAUUGGAAUCAGAAGGAAAAGUGGUACGGGACUGAUUACAAGAUUGAUCAGAUCCCAAGCGAUGUACUAUCUGACAUCCGCAAAGCUCUCAACUCCCCGAAUGAGAACAGAAUAGAAGAACUUCAUCUUCCCCACAAGAAUGAGUUCAUUCCCACCAAGCUGGACGUUGAAAAGCUGGAGGUUAAAGAACCUGCAAAGACGCCCAAGCUACUACGAAAUGACGACUUGGUACGACUGUGGUGGAAAAAGGAUGACACGUUUUGGGUUCCUAAAGCGAAUCUCAGCAUCAAGCUGCGAAAUCAGGUCACAUACGCCACUCCCUUGAAUUAUGUCAAAGCAACUCUUUUUGUCGAUCUCGUCAAGGACGCGCUUUCGACAUAUUCUUACGACGCAGAGAUCUCAGGUCUUUCCUACGACAUCUCGGCACAUAUGCUCGGUGUUGACAUUGGUGUCCAUGGCUACAACGAUAAGAUGGCCGUGCUACUGGAAAAGAUCCUCAUAACCAUCAGAGAUAUGGAGAUCCAGGCGGACAGAUUUGAUGUCAUCAAAGAACGAAUGGCACGGAAAUACAGAAACUGGGGCUAUCAACAACCAUACUAUCAGAUCGGCGACUACACCAGAUGGCUGUUGAAUGAGCGUUCUUGGAUGAAUGAUUCUUAUGCUGCCGAACUGCCUCAUGUAACUGUCGAGGAUGUCAAGGCCUUCGCACCUCAGAUCUUACAACAAGCGCAUAUCGAGAUUCUUGCUCACGGUAACUUGUACAAAGAGGAAGCCAAGAAGGUUGCUAAUUUGGUUGAGACCACAUUGAAGCCGCGUGCUCUACCUGCAUCGCAGUGGCAACUUCGGAGAAACAUGAUCAUUCCUCCAGGAAGCAAUUUCGUGUACAAGCACACUCUGGGCGAUCCUGCUAAUGUUAACCACGCCAUUGAGUAUUACCUGGAUGUGGGUCACGUGAUGGACUUAGCACUCCGAUCGAAACUUCAAUUAUUUGCACAGAUCACGGACGAACCUGCAUUUGACCAGUUGAGAACUAAGGAACAACUUGGCUAUGUGGUGUGGAGUGGUGUGAGACCAGCAGCCGUCACGAUGGGUUUCAGAGUACUCAUUCAGAGUGAGAGAGACCCAAGCUACCUUGAGUCACGGAUCAAUUCUUUCCUUCUCAAGAUCAAUACUGUUUUGGACUCGAUGUCGACCGAGGAUUUUGAAGGCCACAAGCGAAGCUUGGUCAACAAGCGGCUGGAGAAAUUGAAGAAUCUCGACUUUGAGACCAACCGCUUGUGGGCUUACAUCAGUGGCGAGUAUCUCAAUUUCCAUCAAGUCGAUCGGGAUGUGGUUGAAAUCCGGAAAUUGACCAAAGAUGAUAUCAAAGAAUUUUACGCCCAGUAUAUCAAUCCCGAAUCCGCCACAAGAGCCAAACUCUCAAUACAUCUUGAAGCCCAAGCAUCUUCAACACCGCCUGAGGUAUCUCCCGAAGAACAAAAAUCACAACUAGUCGGUCUGCUCGGACAGGUUCUAGGAUCACUUGGAGUUGAUGUUCAAGAGUCAGCUUUGAAGGAACAUUUCGAAUCGGUUGAAACAAGUGACGCACAAAGCAUUACCGCGGCAAUCAAGAAGUAUGUUGGUGAUUCAUUGCCAGCAGUCAAGCUGGCCGAGGUUAUGGAGCAGAUGAAGGAAGCUAUUGUUCAAGUCCAAGUGGCUCUGAAGCUCAAGCCUGUGGUUGCAGAGACCGAUGGAGCGGAAGUGGCUGCACAGAUCCCAGCCCCCGUAAUCAUCAAGGACGCAUAUCAAUGGAAGGCAGACUUACAGGUCAGCAAGGGUCCAGUGGCUGUGGCUGAUAUUCGGGACUUUGAAGACUUGGAAUCCAAGCUAUGA